AGAAUUAUAUUGAGAAUUAUACUUAUACAACCGAAAUUACUUCCAGAAGGCUUUUACGUGACUGUGUAUAAAAUAUAGAACAACAACUAGGUUAAUUCACAAUAGGUGUGUUGUAUUAGUCAAAAUAUCGCUAUCAAUUUGAAUUUAAGAUAUUUGAAAAGAAAUCUUUAUAACAAGGUCAGGAUUCGCUCUGUCGGUUUCCUAUUUUAUAGUGUUAACUGUUUGUGUUGUGGUUCUUUAACAAAUUAUUCUUACCAAGGAGUGUAACAGGGCGUGCUUUUAUUAUCUACUCUAUGUAUUUGAAGCGAUGACAAUUUCGUUAAUAAUCGAAGGUUGUGAGGUUUAUUACAGAAUAUUAACGGAAAUUUGAUUGAUUUGAAUGGACAAACAUAUUGUAGACUAGAAAUUAAAAUGGGAAACAAAUUUGUGUGUUUAGGGGUUGUAUUGUUCAUGAUACUUGCAUCACUCACUCUGAAUCUGGUGGCCAUUUUAACAGACCAUUGGUACAAUGUACAGGCGGAUUCGUUGGGAAAUUCAACAUUUCAAAGUAAAUGGACGUAUCAUUAUGGUAUUUGGAAAAAAUGUUAUGAAUCUCUACCCUCAGAUACCCCUGUUGUAAAGGAGCGGGUUGGUAGUAAUGGGAAUUGUAUAUUUAUAUAUGAGGAUAUGAUCCAAAGUCAUGAAGACACAUUACCUUAUGAUGAUCAACUUUAUUUACAUUUAACCAGAUGUUUCGUAGCUUUUGCCAUCUUGUGUGGUGGAAUUCAAUUAUUUACUAUUUUAACUCUGAUAUGUGGAGUCUGGCCAGCUGAUUGUCACAAUAUUAAAAGAUCCAAGAUAUAUCUUGGUGCGGCAUUGAUGCUUCUUCUAGCAACUAUUUGUGGAAGUGUAAGUGGAAUCUGUUUUAUUGCAUUAAGAGAUCUGGAUGUCGAUCCUCAAAACCUAUACCCUCAAGGAGUCGCCAGUAAUUAUGAUUGGUCGUUUAUGAUACAUUGGAUUUCAACGGGAAUGUGUAUAGUGGAAAGCUGUAUAUUAUUGUGCCUUUUAAAGGAAUCGUAUGACGACGUGGCUGAAAAAUUUAGUUAUUAUAAUAUUUACUAAAUUAGGGGUGCAAAAGGAAUUAGUUCUUUGACUGUUGCCCAUUUGAUCAACUCAACAGAACUUAAACAACUGGAAUACGACAAAGCUAAACAACAGAAAUAGAGGAUUUACUGAUGAUCAUCUCAUGAAGUCGUGACGUCCAUUCAAAUUCCAUUUCUCCUUGUUUGAAAAUAUAGUGGCGUAUUCUGGGGACUAAAUUUUCAUAAUUACUAAGUUUGGUUUUAUUAUUUCUUAAUAUUAGUUUGAUUAUAUAAUAGGGAAAUAUAGCAUCGUCAACACAUGGGACAAAAGACACUACAUGAUAUGAUACGAAUACGCAGAUAAAGGGAAAUAACCACUAGCAAUGGAUUAACUUCGCGUCGUUGUGUUUCUUAUGGAAUUGCGAUGAUACUCCUGUCUCUUUAUCGCAGUCAUUAUUACUUAUAUCAUGUCUGUUUUAUUUUGUUAGGUGCCCCUCUUUCAAUUGUAAUUGUUAUCGUUCAAGCUUAAUGAUCAUGGACCCAAGCUUUAUGCAAGCUUGAUAAUGUCUUUUUUUCUCCAGUAAGCCGUAUGCAACUAUGGUGUUGAUAACCGUUCCAGUCAAGACAGGUUAAUGUUAAUCAUUGGCGAAAAGCUAUGAGAAGAAAAAAUAACGUUUGGAAUACAAAUCUCUAUGGUUUUCCAAUAUGUAUUCAUGUUCCUAAUUUCCAUUUCAGAUUCAGAAUAUUAUAGAUAAUUGUUGCUUAUUAAAAUAUUCUUAACUGUUC